GAACGUAACCGAACGUUGAUGUUUUUUCUUUCGCCGACAUUGCUCAAUGUCUCUGCAAAACGUUUUUCUGUCUGCACGGUAGCAUGUGUAGCACUCGGAUUUCGGCCCAAUCAAUUAUCAAGUUCGCCACAUGAUCUGAAGAAUACAAGGAUCUUCAGUUCAACCAGGACUGCCACAAUGUCUACUAUUACCUCAGAAACCCCCGCGUCCAAAUUUCGUCUCCCCACCAACGUCAAGCCUACUCAUUAUGACCUUACCGUCCGCACCGAUCUCGACAAGUUGACUUUCGAUGGUUCUGUGACAGUGAGCCUUGAUGUAAAGGAAGAAACAAAGACGAUUGUCAUGAACAGUUCCAAGCUCAAACUCGGCCAGGCAACUGUGCACUCGACUGGCUCACAAUCUGACCAACUAUCUUCUGAACCUUCCUUCGAUGAAAAGGAGAAACGAGUCUCAUUCUCGUUUCCGACCGUCCUCCCCGCAGGCACCCAAGCUAAAAUCACGAUCGGAUUCUCCGGUGAAUUAACGGGUUCUAUGACUGGCUACUAUCGUUCCAGCUUCGAAGAAGAAGGGAAGACCAAGUACUAUUCUCUGACUCAGUUCGAGGCUAGUCUCCUGUCCGCAACCGACGCUCGCACGGCCUUCCCCUGUUGGGACGAGCCCGCGCUCAAAGCUAAAUACACCAUCACGAUGGUCUCCAAAUCUGAUACAGUGAACAUCAGCAACAUGCCUAUCACUUCUGACAAGGUCUUUUCCCCUAGCGACCACGCCGAUCUGAAGACUCUGUUUGUAGACUUGAAUGAAGAGUGGAAGAUCACGAAAUUUGAAACUACACCGCUGAUGUCUUCGUAUCUGGUCGCUUUCGCCAAUGGGCCGUUCGAAUAUCUUGAGUCGUCCGCGAAGAUGCCAUUAAGCGGACGUACAAUUCCGCUGAGAAUAUACGCCACCAAGGAUUUAAUUCAUCAAGCUCAGUUUGCUCUGGACGUGAAGGCCAAAGUCCUACCAUUGUACGAACAAGUAUUCGAAGUUGAAUAUCCUCUUCCAAAGCUUGAUACGUUGGUGGCUAACGAUUUUGAUGCCGGCGCAAUGGAAAACUGGGGUCUCAUCACCGGUCGAACGAGUGCAUUGCUCCUGGAUCCUAAGAAAGCUGAUUUGGCAGCAAAAAAACGUGUGGUUGUUGUACAAAGUCACGAAGUAGCGCAUAUGUGGUUUGGAAAUAUCACAACGAUGGAAUGGUGGGACUACCUGUACCUCAAUGAGGGUAAGCAUUCAGUGGCCUUCCCUGAAUUCAAACCGAACUCGGAAUUUAUCACAGUGCACUUAAAUCGUGCCCUUGCUCUUGAUUCAAAACUGUCUUCUCACCCCAUAGAGGUUGCCUGCCCCAAUGCUGAAUCUAUAGGACAGAUAUUUGAUGGUCUCUCGUAUUCCAAAGCCGCCUCAGUCCUUAGGAUGCUGUCAGCAUAUGUUGGCGAAGAUAAAUUUCUUAAAGGAGUCUCCCUCUAUCUCAAGGCACAUUUGUACGCGAACAGCGUCACGAAUGAUCUAUGGGCUGGGAUCAGUAAAUCCACUGGCACGGACAUUAUCAACUUCAUGGACAAUUGGGUUAAAAAGAUUGGAUUCCCUGUCGUUACCGUCACUGAGACUUCGGGAGGUAUCAAGGUUCGCCAGGACCGCUUCCUUGAGACGGGCUUGGCAGAAGGGAAGGAUAACGAAACCAUCUGGAAUAUCCCUUUGAGUAUCCUCACUUUCGAUGCUAGCGGCAAAACUAUUAUCGAUAAGACUGCUGUCCUGGAUUCUCGCGAAAGUACGUUUGCGCUGGAUACUUCCAAGCCUUACAAACUCAAUGCAGGAACCAACGGAGUUUAUCGGGUGCUUUACGAGGACGCUCAUUUGUCCAAGAUUGCUGCAGAGGUUGCGAAACCCGAUAGCGUAUUCACUAUUGAGGACCGUAUGGGCUUGGUUAAUGAUGCGUUGGCACUUUCCAAAGCCGCUUUAAUGAAGUUGAGCAAUGCACUCACCCUCAUCGACGCUUUGCGUAAUGAACAGGAGUAUCUUGUUUGGGAUGGUAUUUCAGCAAAUCUUAGUUCUCUAGCGGCCAUUUGGUGGGAGGAUGAGAACAUUUGUAGUCUUCUGAAUGCCUUUCGGAUUUCUCUUUUUUCGCCCUUUGUCCAAAAACUUGGAUAUGAAUAUCCCGCUUCCGACAGCCCCGAUAUUUCCCAGUUGCGAACCUGUGCUAUCGGACAAUGUCUUGCUGCUAAGGAUCAGUCCGUUAUAAACGAAUUGAAAGGACGCUUCGCUCAAUAUAUGAAAACAGGGGAUGACUCUGUUAUCCCAGCCGAUCUCCAGGGCGCUAUUUACCGUGCUGCUGUAACUUAUGGAGGCCAAGAUGAGUACAAUGGUGUGAAGGCGAUAUACGACAAAGCACCCACACCGACUUCCCGUAUUUCUGCUAUGACAGCAAUGUGCCAGUCCAAAGACCCGGCGAGGAUAGAAGAAACGUAUGAAAUAGCUUUGAAGCGCGCGCGCGACCAGGACGUCGUUUAUUUCUUGAGCGGAUUUGCAUCCAAUGACAUUACCAAACGGCAAGUCACCCACUUUUUCCAGGAUCACUACGAAGAGCUUUACAAGCGUUUUGAAAGCACAUUCAUGAUGAGAUAUCUUGUUGAGACGACUUACGGUGGAUUGUCCACACAAAAAGACCUGGAUGAGAUGAAUGCUUUUUUCAAAGACAAGGACACCUCAAAAUACCACAUGGGUUUAGCACAAUCCUUAGAUAGCAUUCGCGCAAGAAUUGCCUACAUUGAGCAUUCCUCUUCAGACGUCCGCCACUGGUUGGAGGCCUGGAAACAGGGUAACUAACGCAACUUCCCUUUGUCCCAACAUCACGGAUUUCACUCCCGUACCAGUGUACACGUAGAUCCAAAAAAUAACGCUCUUAUCGCGAAAUGAACUUGAUAAAAAUUACAGACACAACGAAUGAAUGCAGCAUGAAACAAUUUGAGGGGAAUAUUUACGAAGCUGCCAGCUUCCAAAGAUGGCGAGUAUAAUCUGCCGGAGAUUUGUCGAUGUUCAACGGUACAGAAUGGACAUCUCCGGAUUGCGAACCUGAUGAAGGAUGAUUAUAUUUAACUGGAGCACAUGCAUAGAACAUACGUAUGAGAACAUUGGAGACUU